AUGUCUGUCCAGCCCGUUGUCAAGAAAUACACCGUCGGCUCUGUCGGAAUUUGGGAGAAGAUUCGCCGAUUUCUCGCAGUCGACCCUGAGCGAUCAUCCGGUAUCCCUCUCAACCAGCACUUCCGUAACCCCGCCCCCGCCUCUGUCCCCGCAUCCGACUACACGGACCCUGUCACCGUUCCCGCGGCUGACAUCGCCGAGAACCCUUACUGGAAGCGUGACACAAGACGCGACUACCCUCAGUUGAGCACUCUCAGGCAGUCAGAUAUCGCAGGCCUUUUGACUGUAGGCUCUGUUGCGAACCCAAGGAUUGGAACUGGCGCAGAGGGCGAGAAACAGCUUGUUACCAUCAAGGAAGACAGUGCAAAAGGGGUUCUUUCAUUGGCAUUUGAGAAGGGCGGCGCGAAAUCUAUCAGUGAGGUCCUUGGAGCCGGCGGAUUGCCGCCGUUGCCUGGGAAUGGUAUGAAGUGGACCAUUGACUCGAGCGAAGGAUAUCCAUCAAAGUACCCUUGCCGAACCCUCAGGUAG